GCGGAACAGCCUCUUCCUGUCGGAAAAAGUUGGAGGGAUUAUUAAAAUGGCUGAUCGCUCGCUGUCCGUCUGCUUUCACUUAGUAUUUCCUACAACAGAUAAAACGCACGGCGAAACGAAACCAAAGAUGUAAAUUUGAAGUUUUGCAACGAGAUACAUUUUGUUAUACGAAGUAGACCGCGUUGCACUAUAUAUAUAUAUUUGCAAAUCGCAUUUUUAGGAGAUCCUGCUCUGCUUCAAUCCAAAAAUGUGGUGUUUUUAAAACCACUUUACCACAUAGCUUGGCUUUCAUAGCAGCAGGAAGUGUUUAUGGAAUUGGCUGGUGUUUAAACAUAUUGGGUCUUAUUGGUGUGCGUCGCUGUUGAAGAUGCAGAGACCUCUGUCCAGUUUUGCGUUCGCCCCAGCUGUCAAAGUGAAGCUCAUCAAUGCCGGAUUUCACACAGCGGCAGAUCUGUGCGAUCUGCGACCGCUGCAACUCAGCAAAGAAUCAGGGAUCUCCCAGCAGGAGGCGGUAGACGUGCUGCAGACUGUGCGGUGUGACGCCAGCCAGGGAGCGGGUGCAGGCAGCCGGAUGACGGCCCUGGAGCUGCUGGGGAGGGAGCAGGCGAUGGGUGCCAUCGUCACCUUCUGCUCAGCACUAGACUCCGUCCUUGGUGGUGGGAUGCCCGUGGGCAAGACCAGUGAAGUCUGUGGAGCACCUGGCGUGGGCAAAACACAGCUCUGCAUCCAGCUGACGGUGGACGUCCAGAUACCGGCCUGCUUCGGAGGCCUGGGAGGCCAGGCGGUGUUCGUGGACACGGAGGGCAGCUUCAUGGUGCAGCGGGUGGAGGAUGUGGCCAAAGCGGCUGUGGAGCACUGCUCCCUGCUGGCCGGCGACGCCGAGCAGCGAGAGGCCUUGAAGGUGUUCACUGUGGAAGGCAUUCUCUCCAAGCUGUACCUCUUCCGUUGUCAUGACUACGUGGAGCUGUUGGCUGAGACCUACCUCCUGCCUGACUUUUUAUCUCAGCACCCUGAGGUCCGUUUGGUGGUGAUUGACAGCAUUGCUUUCCCAUUCCGCCAUGACUUUGAGGACCUCUCCCAAAGAACGCGGCUAUUAAACGGCCUUGCCCAACAGCUCGCCCAGAUGGCUAACCAGUACAAUGUUGCGGUCGUACUGACCAAUCAGAUGACAACGAAGGUUGGAAGCGGCCAAUCCAAGCUGGUGCCGGCCUUAGGUGAAAGCUGGGGCCAUGCUGCGACUCAGAGGCUUGUUUUGCACUGGGAGGGGGAACAGAGACUGGCGUCUCUGUAUAAGUCUCCAAGCCAGAGGGAGGCUACGGUUCUGUACCAGAUCACUGGCGCUGGCUUCAGAGAUGUGCUCUCUUCUGACCACGUUUCGGCUGACUCAUCUGUGAUUCCAUCAGGAAACGCUCCUAAGCGCCUCCGCACCGAAGCAGACGACCACCAGACUUGAAGACAUCUGGCUCAAAAACAACAUUCAGCUGUUCUAAAACUGUUUGAUGAUUCUGAUGACACUCUGACAAUAAGAAGGGGUCUGGAUGUGAUGUACUGCAUUGUUUACAUGAAGGCAAUAUCACACACAGCUGCAGUAUGCUGCUUUAAUCUUCAUUUUUACUUGACGAAACAAAGAUGGGGUUGACCGUGAAGGUUCGAAGCUCUCAUGAUGGACUUGUUCUAUAUUGAUUGGAAGGCAGCUGGCCAUUUUGACAGGGGGCAGUGCUCUGUACAAAACGUUCACCAAGUACUUAAAGAAUGACUUUGAGUUUUCUGCGUAAUACUAUUGUCUCUGUGCUUUGACAGUGGUAGAUCAUUAAAAUCUCUUUUGGAAGCAACAA